AUGAAGUGGCUGUCGCUGAAUGCUGCCCAUAUACUCGGCCUGGCAGCAUUCCUGGUCCACCUGUAUUCCUUGGGGUCUCGUGGUCCUCUGGUUCAGUUGGUGCCGCCCAUUCGGCUUGAGCCAGUGCCGGCUGAAGAGGCUCUGAGCUCGGCGCUGUCCUGCAGCACACACGCCAACAUGCUGUUCUGUCUUCUGUACCUCAUCCCACGACUGUUACCUGAGGCCAGAGGAACUGUAGCUGAUGGUGGGCUAAGUGAACAACUGGAGGAGAAACAGACCGGGCUGUGGAGCAGCAUCACUGACUCCAACAACACCUGGAGGAAGACGGCCUGGCAUCUGUGGAGGAACGCUGCCUUCCAACACCUCGGACAGAUACCACAGUAUCAGUUAUUGUUCUCAGAAUGGUUAGCUAAUGAGCUGAGAGUACUGAGGAGUGAGGACGCCCUGUCUGACGCUGAACGUCAGGAGUAUCAGCAGUGGGCCUGCAUGGAGCUCUACCUGACUCGUCCAGAGAAGCAGGGAGGCUGCGGAGGAGACAUGAAAAGCCUCUGUUCUCAUUUGCUUAAUGCCAUCAUGGACCAGCAGUUCAGCAGUUGGCAGAGACUGGAAGCACAACAGCACAGAGUGCCAGGAAGAGGAACCUGCUUACCAGACAUCCUGUCCCGACUGCAGGUGCGUGUACACUAA